AUGUGCAGAGUUUACGAACCUCAAAGAGUGGCCGAGAAGAUUUGCACGAUGCAAGCCCGCACUUUUCAAAGAAAGAAGAGCGAUGAGCAUUUUGUCCCAAGUUAUUCAAUAACUUCAAUCAAGUUUGAGUUUGGGCACUCCAUUCUUUUGAAGGAAAGAGGUAGAGAUGAUACCAUCUCUCCAUAUAGAUCGGUUGUAGCAAAGGUCAGUUCAUCAAUCUAA